AUGAGCGUGGAGGCGUACGGGCCCAGUUCUCAGACGCUCACCUUCCUGGACACCGAGGAAGCCGAGCUGCUCGGCGCCGACACACAGGGCUCGGAGUUCGAGUUCACCGACUUCACCCUCCCCAGCCAGACGCAGACGCCCCCGGGUGGCCCCGGCGGCCCCGGAGGAGGUGGCGCGGGCGGCCCGGUCGGCGCGGGCGCGGGCUCUGCGGCCGGACAGCUGGACGCGCAGGUUGGUGGACCAGAGGGCAUUCUGCAGAAUGGGGCCGUGGAUGACAGCGUGGCCAAGACCAGCCAGUUGUUGGCUGAGUUGAACUUUGAAGAAGAUGAAGAAGAUACCUAUUACACGAAGGAUCUCCCUGUGCAUGCCUGCAGUUACUGCGGAAUACACGAUCCUGCUUGCGUGGUUUACUGUAACACCAGCAAGAAGUGGUUCUGUAACGGGCGUGGGAACACUUCCGGCAGCCACAUUGUAAAUCACCUCGUGAGGGCAAAAUGCAAAGAGGUGACUCUGCACAAGGAUGGGCCCCUGGGGGAGACAGUUCUGGAGUGUUACAACUGUGGCUGCCGAAAUGUCUUCCUCCUCGGCUUCAUCCCUGCCAAGGCCGACUCGGUAGUGGUGCUGCUGUGCAGGCAGCCCUGCGCCAGUCAGAGCAGCCUCAAGGACAUCAACUGGGACAGCUCUCAGUGGCAGCCCCUGAUCCAGGACCGUUGCUUCCUCUCUUGGCUGGUCAAGAUCCCUUCUGAGCAGGAGCAGCUUCGGGCCCGGCAGAUCACCGCCCAGCAGAUCAACAAGCUGGAGGAGCUCUGGAAGGAAAACCCUUCUGCCACCUUGGAGGACCUGGAGAAGCCCGGCGUGGACGAGGAGCCUCAGCACGUGCUCCUGCGGUAUGAGGACGCCUACCAGUACCAGAACAUAUUCGGCCCUCUGGUCAAGCUGGAGGCCGACUACGAUAAGAAACUGAAGGAGUCCCAGACUCAAGAUAACAUCACGGUCAGGUGGGACCUGGGCCUAAACAAGAAGAGAAUCGCCUACUUCACUUUGCCCAAGACUGACUCUGACAUGCGGCUCAUGCAGGGGGAUGAGAUAUGCCUGAGGUACAAAGGGGAUCUGGCACCCCUGUGGAAAGGGAUCGGCCACGUCAUCAAGGUCCCUGAUAAUUAUGGCGAUGAGAUCGCCAUUGAGCUUCGGAGCAGUGUGGGUGCACCCGUGGAGGUGACUCACAACUUCCAGGUGGAUUUCGUGUGGAAGUCAACCUCGUUUGAUAGGAUGCAGAGUGCGCUGAAAACGUUUGCUGUGGAUGAGACCUCUGUCUCAGGCUACAUCUACCACAAGCUGCUCGGGCACGAGGUGGAGGAUGUGAUCAUCAAGUGCCAGCUGCCGAAGCGCUUCACGGCACAGGGGCUCCCUGACCUCAACCAUUCGCAGGUUUACGCUGUCAAGACUGUGCUGCAGAGACCGCUGAGCCUGAUCCAGGGACCACCAGGCACGGGGAAGACUGUGACCUCUGCCACCAUCGUCUACCAUCUUGCUCGGCAGGGCAAUGGGCCUGUGCUUGUCUGUGCCCCGAGUAACAUAGCUGUGGAUCAGCUGACUGAGAAGAUACACCAGACUGGGCUGAAAGUCGUGCGGCUCUGCGCCAAGAGCCGCGAGGCCAUCGACUCCCCAGUGUCCUUCCUGGCCCUGCACAACCAGAUCAGGAACAUGGAUAGCAUGCCGGAGCUACAGAAGCUACAGCAGCUGAAGGACGAGACGGGGGAGCUGUCCUCUGCUGACGAGAAGCGGUACCGGGCCCUGAAGCGCACCGCCGAGAGGGAGCUGCUCAUGAAUGCAGAUGUCAUCUGCUGCACGUGUGUGGGUGCAGGGGACCCGAGGCUCGCCAAGAUGCAGUUCCGUUCCAUUUUAAUUGAUGAGAGCACCCAGGCCACCGAACCAGAGUGCAUGGUCCCUGUGGUCCUUGGCGCCAAGCAGCUCAUCCUCGUGGGUGACCACUGUCAGCUGGGCCCUGUGGUGAUGUGCAAGAAGGCAGCCAAGGCCGGACUAUCUCAAUCACUCUUCGAGCGCCUGGUGGUGCUGGGCAUCCGUCCCAUCCGCCUGCAGGUCCAGUAUCGGAUGCACCCUGCGCUCAGUGCCUUCCCAUCCAACAUCUUCUACGAGGGCUCUCUCCAGAAUGGCGUCACUGCAGCGGACCGAGUGAAGAAGGGGUUUGACUUCCAGUGGCCCCAACCUGAUAAGCCGAUGUUCUUCUAUGUGACCCAGGGCCAAGAGGAGAUUGCCAGCUCAGGCACCUCCUACCUGAACAGGACGGAAGCUGCCAACGUGGAGAAGAUCACCACGAAGCUGUUGAAGGCGGGUGCCAAGCCUGACCAGAUCGGCAUCAUCACCCCGUACGAGGGCCAGCGCUCUUACCUGGUGCAGUACAUGCAGUUCAGCGGCUCCCUGCACACCAAGCUCUACCAGGAGGUGGAGAUUGCCAGCGUGGACGCGUUCCAGGGGCGAGAGAAGGACUUCAUCAUCCUUUCCUGUGUACGAGCCAACGAGCACCAAGGCAUCGGAUUUUUAAACGACCCCAGGCGACUUAAUGUGGCCCUGACCAGAGCGAGGUAUGGGGUCAUUAUUGUGGGCAACCCGAAGGCCCUGUCCAAGCAGCCGCUCUGGAACCACCUGCUGAACUACUACAAGGAGCAGAAAGUGCUGGUGGAGGGGCCCCUGAACAACCUGCGGGAGAGCCUCAUGCAGUUCAGCAAGCCCAGGAAGCUGGUCAACACCAUCAACCCGGGAGCCCGCUUCAUGACAACAGCCAUGUAUGAUGCUCGGGAGGCCAUUAUCCCAGGAUCGGUCUACGAUCGGAGCAGCCAGGGCCGGCCUUCAAACAUGUACUUCCAGACCCACGACCAGAUCGGCAUGAUCAGUGCAGGCCCCAGCCAUGUGGCCGCCAUGAACAUUCCCAUCCCCUUCAACCUCGUCAUGCCCCCCAUGCCCCCACCAGGGUAUUUUGGACAAGCGAACGGGCCAGCAGCAGGCCGGGGUACCCCAAAAGGCAAGACUGGUCGUGGGGGGCGCCAGAAGAACCGCUUUGGGCUCCCUGGACCCAGCCAGACGAAUCUCCCCAACAGCCAGGCCAGCCAGGACGUGGCUUCCCAGCCAUUCUCCCAGGGCGCCCUCACCCAGGGCUACAUCUCCAUGAGCCAGCCCUCCCAGAUGAGCCAGCCUGGCCUCUCCCAGCCCGAGCUGUCCCAGGACAGUUACCUUGGCGAUGAGUUUAAGUCACAGAUUGAUGUGGCACUGUCGCAAGACUCCACGUACCAAGGGGAGCGGGCAUACCAGCACGGCGGAGUGACAGGGCUGUCCCAGUACUAGAAGGUGGCACAGCGGAAGAGCUAAGCUAUGUGGCUUAGUCCAUCAGCAUCUUAUUCUGGGUAAUAAAAAAUAAAAAUAAAUGGA